UGUUUAUUCAAUCGUUUGUAAUUAAGGUGCAAUUUUCAACAAUUUUGAUUUCUAGGUGAACAAAAAUCAUACCGUCAAUCAGCAAAGAUUGACAAUGUGAGAAAGUCGUUUGCUCCGCUUGCCCUGUUGAAAGACAGAAAGGGCGGACGCGUAGAGAAGAGGCACACGUUGAAUCCUGGUACGUUGAACACCCACAUCAAUACCCAGGCGCUGCAUAAAAUAGGAAAGUCUGUGCAGAAACAGAAUAAUUGCCCCCAAAAGAACAAAGAGAAAACAACGGCCAAAGAUAGUAGAUUGUUUAUAAUGAAGAAAUACGAUGAGGAUCGUAAGAAAACUAUGAGAAAUACACUGGCCGCUAUCGAAAACACCAAAUUCACUCUUCAGUGUGAAAAAGACAAAGCUGAUGGACGAAAUACGAAAGACGACAUCAAAAGUGAACAGAUUGUUGACGAGUUGCAAGUCGUGAAAGACUAUUGCAAAGAUGAAUUGACUGCUGGUCAGGUUGCUCAGAUUAAUCAAGUCACUGAUGAAGAUCUCAAUACCACAUUCACGCUUCCAGGUUGUUGGCCUUGCGCCCAACCCCCUACCAGGAGGACCAGCGGGUAUCUGCAGCCACCAUGAAGCGACUGGGCGAUGGGAUCCCCAACCCCGACGCCGGUUGACUAUAGUAACCGGUAGUCCAUAGAUAAUAGACUAGUAACGUCUAUUGUACUUUAUUUGAAACUCUUGGACUAGGUACUUUUAAAAAGCAUUUCUUCAAUUUUUGCAUGAAUUUGAUCAUUUUACUAUUACAACAUGGUAUUCAUUGUAUAUGGAAUGUUCACUAAUAAUUCGAUUCUUUGAAUCAUUUGAAAUUUACUUGAAAAUGUGUAUACUCCUAAAUAUCCAGAAAAAAUUGCAACACUGAGAUGGACAGAGUUAUAUCUCUUGCUUCCAUUUGGAGUUGCGUGAAAGUUAUGCACAUUUGAUCUUUAGUAAUUAAUUGGCCGAUUGGAUUAAUAAAUUAGGCAAGUUUUCAUUCCGUCGUUAAAAAUAUGUAUGGAGAUGGAUUUUAAAUUCUACUUACCAAUCUUACCAAACUCUAUAACAUCAAGUUUCAC